AUAUUUUAAAUUAAAUAAAAAUAAAAAUUACCAUCAAAUUCGCCCUGUCAACUUGGCUAUUAAUGUCAGCAGAUUUAACGUUAAUUUUAAAUUUUUAUACUUCAAUAUUAUGUAGAUAGAAAUUAUUAUGAUAAACAUUAUAUACCUACAGACACGAAAAAAAAAAAACAACUAGCAAAUUUAAAAUAUCAAAUAAUUCAACUCAUUCAUACCUCAUCUAGAGUAAAGAAAAUUAAAAACAAUAUUCAAGUCAAAUAAAAUUCUAAAAAUAUAAUAAAGAGUAACUAAUAUUACCUCUUGAAAUUAUAACUUUGCUUUUGUCCCGUUUUUAUAAUUAUAAUAAAAAAUUGCAAAAUAAAGAAAUAGCAAAAUGAUAAAUUAGAAGAGUAAAAAAAAAAAGAAUAUAAAAUAUAUAGAGUUAGAAGAAGCUCAAGGCGUAUUAUAUCCGUCAGCAAAACUACACAAAGUACUGCAAGUUGAUAGACUGCUGUAUUACAAUAUGUGUUUGUGUGUGGAGUAAAAUGCAUUUGCCAUUUCCCAUUCUCAUUCUACAUGAGACAUUUUCAUGGUAUAAAUACUGUGGCGAUUCUACUAGACAACUCAGAAUAAAAUCAACUACCCCUCAAGAGAAAAACUAAAUAAUAUUUAAUUUUUUAAAAAUCGUGUUAGUUAAAAAUGUUUAAGUUAUUAAUAAUUGGGACACUUGUCGCAGUAUCAAAUGCAUAUCUUGCACAUACACCAACAGCACUUGCUCCAGCACCAUUGGCUCAUCAAUCAAAUUACUAUGGUAAUUAUGGUCUUGUAAAUGAUCUUGGAAGACAUUACAAUAGAAUUGCAGCACCAGUUGAUCCAUGGCCAUCAGUUAAUCAAGGUGCAGUUCAAGUUAAUAAUCUAAAUGCACAUGGUUAUGUACAUGGUGUUAAUUCUGGAUAUGUACAUUCAACUCCAGCACCAGCAAUUAUUGCACCAACAUUAGCACCAGUAGUACCAGUUGCACCAGUUGCACCAGUAUCAAGUUAUAUACCACCACCAGUACUUCAACCACCAAGUGUUCAUUACAAUAACAAUGUUAUUCCACCAAGAGUACACAAUGUUCCUCUUCAACAUAAUAAUUUAAAUUAUGGUGUUCAUGGUCUUAAUAGUGUUCAUGGUACCAAUGGUGUUCAUCGUCUUAAUGGUUUUCAUAGUUUUAAUGAUGUUCAUGGUCUUAAUGGUAUUCAUGGACUUAAUGGUGUUCAUGGUAUCAAUGGUAUUCAUGGUCUUAAUGGUAUUCACGGUCUUAAUGGUGUUCAUGGUCUUAAUAGUGUUCAUGGUAUCAAUGGUAUUCAUGGUAUCAAUGGAUAUGCACCACGUUAUCCACAAUCACCAAUCUACAGCCAUCAAAAUGGCUAUCAAACUCAUGAAAAUUAUGCGUGGUAAUGAGAUAUAUUAUCUCAUUUAAUUUUUUUUCUACAAUGUGACCCGAUAAUAAUUAUAAUGUAUUUUCGUUAUGAAUUUUUUUAAAUGAUUUAAUUAACAAAAUACUGGACGCUUUAAUUUUUUUUACAUAAUUUAAUUACUCAUAUUUUUUAUGUAAAUUGUAAUUAAUAAAUAUACGUGGUAUCUAAAUUUUAAAUGUUUUUUUUGUUUUUAUAUAUAUUUACUGUAAAUUAGAAAUUAUUACCUUUUUUUUUAAUGGCAUUAAUUAGUAAUUAGUUUUAGUCAUGAAAGAACGAUGAAAACAUGAUGAAAGCGAAACUCGUUAUGUAUAUAAAAACUUGGAAGAAAUACAAUUCAUGGUCAUCAGGUAAUAUUAAUAUUCAGAGGUCAAAAUAAUCAUUGUACAUCUAAUGAUCUAUUCUUUUUUUUUCUUAACAAAUAAAGUAUUAAAAUUGAAAAGAUUAUAAGAAAAAAUUCAGACGAAUAAAUAAAUUAUUUCUCAAUGAUUGUAUAAAUUUCGAAAUCAAAAAUUUCACUACGAGAUGCUGUCAGACUGUGAUCUAAAUUUAUCUACAUAUAAAAUACUUGGGCUACAUAUCUACAUGAUAUUCAAUGCGACA